UUACUGACACAGCAUCCCGCCAUUGCUCUAUCCUGCGCCAGCUAGCCGAUCAUUCAUCAGUUCCAUCAUCACACUCUACUCGUUUGAUCUCAAAUUUUUCUCGGGAAAAUCCGAAAGAAAAAGAAAAACAAACAAACACACUGAAAAAAAAAUGAAAAUAAGACGACAAUCCCAAGGGCCAUUAAGCAAAGGCGACCAAAUUGAAGUGAAACGACCAAACGGAGCGUAUUACGCAGCCACCGUGCUCCGACCCCCUUCGGCAAUGCAGAUAAACAUGGUGUUCGUCGAGUACCACGCCGAAGACGGUUCCAAAUGUGUCAGGGGGUACGUCGACUUAACCCACGUGCGACCGUCGCCUCCGCUGGAGCUCAACCGUUGCUUCAAAAUCGGAGACGCCGUCGACGCCUAUUGGGAGAACGGGUGGCAUCAAGGUGUCGUUAGGGAUUUGCUCAAGGAUUCCAAAUACGUUGUGGGUUUUCAUGGGAAUGAAGGAAAAGUAGAAGAAAAAAGUGAAAUUCAUCAGUGUAAUUUGCGGCUUCAUAGAGAAUGGGACGAUGGGUCUUGGGUCCCAUCAAUGGCUGAACUGGCCAAUUCAUCUAAUGAGAAUGAUGAUAAACCCAGAAAUGUGAAACUGAAGAUCGUGUUUCGGAAAAAACAGGCAGAUGCCGAGUUUCGAAAGGGUGAUGAAGUGGAAAUCACCAGUGAUGAAGAAGGUUUUAGGGGUUCAUGGUAUAAUGCUGUCAUUGUCGAAUAUCGUGGCAACGACAAGUACUUGGUGGAAUAUUCGACCUCGAGGAAAGAAGAUGGAGUGCCUCUCAGGGCAGAAGCAAAAGCUCAACAUAUCAGACCGUGUCCACCUGAACUUUCACCGGUUGCAAGUUUUUGUCUACGUGAAGUAGUUGACGCACGGUAUAACGACGGGUGGUGGAUUGGUGUGAUUUCCAGGGUGCUUGAUGGAUCGAAAUAUGCUGUUUAUUUCAGCUUACCGGAUGAGGAAUUAGAAUUUGAUCACUUGAAGUUGAGGAUUCAUCAGGACUGGAAGAAUGGAAAAUGGAUCAUUGCUUCUGAGGAAAACUCAAGACCUCUCGUAAUGAACUCUAACAGGUUACUACACAAGAUGGAUGUCAAUGAAAAAAGGUUUCGGGUGAAAUUUCCGAAGGGUACGAGGGUAGAGGUCAAAAGCGAUGAACCUGGUUACGAAGGUUCAUGGUACUCCGCCAUCAUUGUGGACUCAUUAGGCAAUGAUAAGUAUUUGGUGGAAUAUCUGACUUUAAAAACCGAAGAUCUGGGUGCAUUUCUUAGGGAAGAAGCAUAUGCUUCGUAUAUAAGACCCCGUCCCCAACAUGCUCGAUGCACCCGUCGUUAUAAACUGUUCGAAAACGUUGAUGCCUGGUAUAAUGACGGGUGGUGGAUCGGUCAAGUCAUUAAAGUUCUCACUACCUGGAAAUAUGCAGUCUACUUUCAGACCACAAACGAGGUAAUGGAAUUCAAACACAAUGAUCUGAGGCUUCAUCAAGAAUGGAUUAAUGGAAAAUGGAUCAUUCCUUCCAAGGAUACUAUCUGAACUACUAAGAGACUCGCAACCAUUGUGGAUCAGUCAUCGGCUGCAUCCGAACCUCCGUAUCGAUACUUUUGGUAUGCUGUCAUCGGUUUGCACACUGGUGUUAUAACUCAAUCUUGUUUAAAUUUUUGGUGUUGUUUAUAUAAAUAGCGAUGAACACAUAUAUUUCUCUAUGCAUAUGUAAAUAUGUUUAUAAUCUAAGGCUUUGAUUUA